GCGGAGCGGGAAAGUUGGCUAUUCGUUCUGACCAAUCACAGCAACACGUUGUAUCACCACACUGUGCGAAAAGGUUCGAAAGCGGAGGCACAAGAAAGAGCUUCAACGACCACGGUUGGCAAAAAUAGCAGCAACGCUAUAUUUAAUAUUUUUUUUACGGUGGUAUAUAAUCGCAAAACAAGAACGAUGACUGGCUCGAACGAAUACAAGCUGAACAAUAGCCCAGAAGAUAGCAUCUCUGCCGUGAAGUUUAGCCCGAGCACAGGCCAGUUUCUUCUAGUGUCCUCUUGGGACUCUACUGUCAGGCUCUACGACGUUGCAGGCAACUCAAUGAGGAUGAAGUAUUCACACUUGGCGCCAGUGCUGGAUUGUGCUUUCUAUGACCCUACUCAUGCCUGGAGUGGGGGGCUGGACACACAGUUGAAAACCCAUGACUUAAAUACAGACCAAGAUACAAUAGUUGGGACACACGACGCUGCCAUACGAUGUGUCGAGUACUGUCCAGAGGUCAACGUCAUGGUGACGGGCAGCUGGGACAGAUCGGUCAAGCUGUGGGACCCCCGGACGCCCUGCAACGCCGGCACCUUCACGCAGCCUGAAAAGGUGUACACCCUGUCUGUGGCGGGGGACCGUCUCAUUGUGGGGACAGCCGGGAGGAGGGUGCUGGUCUGGGACCUCAGGAACAUGGGCUACGUCCAGCAGAGGAGAGAGUCCAGUCUCAAGUACCAGACACGUGCCAUCAGGGCGUUCCCAAACAAACAGGGCUACGUCUUGAGUUCGAUCGAAGGUCGUGUUGCUGUGGAGUACCUGGAUCCCAGCCAGGAGGUGCAGAAGAAGAAGUACGCCUUCAAGUGUCACCGGCUGAAGGAGAACGGAAUCGAGCAGGUUUACCCUGUCAAUGCCAUAUCCUUCCACAGUGUUCACAACACCUUCGCCACAGGUGGCUCAGACGGUUUUGUCAACAUCUGGGAUCCCUUCAAUAAGAAGCGCCUGUGCCAGUUCCACCGCUACCCCACCUCCAUCGCCUCCCUGGCCUUCAGCAACGACGGCUCCACCCUGGCCAUCGCCUCCUCCUACAUGCAGGAGCAGGGAGACAUUAACCACCCCGAGGACGCCGUAUUCAUCCGCCAGGUCACGGACGCGGAGACCAAGCCCAAGUGAGUCGGUCGGCUCUCGUUCACAGUGUAGGGCCGCCCCGAUUUACCGACCGCGCUGUGCCGGCACUGUUUCGGCCGUUGUCCCCUUACGUAGCUGGUGACUCGCAGUGUGGACCUAGCGGGCCUGUCUCUGGGCCAGGCCCCGGUGUGAUUCGGCUCGGCCCUACAGUGUGAAUGAGUGACCCAGUUUGUGUUCCCUGCGGCCUGUUCCCUGGAUGGUACCGCCGACCGGCCGCGUUCCUGUCUGCUCGCACUCUCUCUCGCUGGACGUUCCUGAAUGGCUGCAUUGACCAGGAGCGCGUGCCGGCUGCUGCGGUACUCCUCUGACGAUCUGUAUCUAGCUCCCUCCACCGUUUCAAUAUCCCACAGCUGACAGACAGAUGAGAGCUUGAGAAAAUGGCUACCCCCUUAUCUGCACAUGUUCCUGGAUGUGUGCUUCUAUUACAGCGAUAAGAGACUAAAAGAAACAAACUGGACCAUGAAAGACCUCCUCCACUGCCCAUGUUUGUUGGAUGUAGUGUUCUCUUUUUAGGCCCAGUCUGUUCAUAUUAAAAUGGAUCUCUACUAUCAAACUGAAAGACCACGCACACUGAUUUUUCCAUUGCCUAGCCCUGCCCUCCCUGUUUCGUUUUGGGAGAUUGUGUUUAGUUGCGGAACUCCUCUCAGAGCAAUUGAAAAGGAAUAACCUUAUUUUAGAAAACCAUGCCAAUAGAUUUGUGUUCAUCUGUUUUCAUAAAGCCAAAACAGAAUUACUGCAGUAACAGUUUUCAAUACUAUCUGUAGUCACGGUAAUAACGGUUUUAGCAGGUUAAUGUAGUUUCCUUUCAGUUUAUCCCUUAAAGAGGGGAAUACUUUUUCGUAGGUAAUUCUGUGACGAGAUGCAGGAUCAUAGGCUGACUUGAUUGGAUAGGCUGAGUUCUAAAGCAAUUGGCAAAGCAUAAAGACAGGCAACUCUCUGGACCUGUUCCUCUCUUAAAGUGAAUUACAGAAGGCUGUAACAAGGUUUCAGUCCCGUCUCGCCAUAUCAUAACAGAUGGGACCGGCCCUUCGUUCACAGAUGAAAAGGUUGCAUUGAGCCAGCAGCUGUGUUUUCAGUAGUCUGGGCUACGUCAAGAGGCAGUGGAGGGAAAUUACGAAGGCUAGCAAACCCUACAUUUAUUAGGCCUAUUCUAUUUCACUCUGCCUAAUUGAUUUGAUUCAACAACCCAAAAAAAAAGUCAACUUAUAACUCUUUAUUUGGCUGUAUUACUUAAGUGAAAAUAAUGGAAAUAAAGUGUUUUUACUUCCUCGCAUGGAGGAAAAUGUAUGUUUCACACCAACACAGUGUGUUUGAGUGUGAACCAGGACAGAAAAGCAGCACGAAUUGGAGACUGAUGGGGUGAAGGCACUCCAGUCAAUCUAACACCGUGGUCCUUCAAAUGGUUUCUUGUCAACUUUCUUCCUCAAGUGUGAAACUAAGUUGACUUGGAACACAUUAAAAACAGGAUAUUCUCAGUGUUUCCACCUUUAAUGCCCCCCCCCCCCUCCCCACUGAGAUGUAUUUCUGCUGGAAUCCAUUUGAAAUACCAUUAAUGUGUUUAUCCCAGUCAUUUUCUCAUUCAUCUCUUUACUUUUGUUUUCUUUACUCUGUUUUAUUUGAGUUUUCCUUUUAUUUCUUUUUUUUCUCUUCUUAAUUCUCUACUUUGUGGUGUUAUGCGGUCCACAAUUCUUUCUUUAAUUUAAGUCUGUUCAGUCUGAUGUGAAUGUUUUUCAUUUUUCUAAAUUAAAUUCAACAUUUACCAAAUGUAGAUAAUGCAUUACAAGACUAAUAUGUAUCAGUGGAUUUCUGCUACCAUCGUGUUGAAGCAAAAAACCUUUUGUGCUUUGAAUAAAAAGUAAACAAUGUAAAUAGAAAAUGUACUCACCCUGUGAAUUAUUUAAUGUUAAGGGUGUAUGUUCUCUUCAGGGUGAGACUCUUAACAGCCAAGAUGAGGGCUGUGUUUAAAGGAAGGUUUGUGUUCUUGUCUCAGUACGGUCAGGUGUUGAGGGAGGGAAAGCAAUCCACUGAAGUUGCCUUGGGCUCUGUCUCCACUUGGCCAUUGACUCUGACCUCUGCUGAUAGACAUCUGGAGAUGUCAUUUUGUAAAGCACAUCCAUCCCACUCGGAGGAGAGCCACUGCACUGAGUAGACCGCUGUAGACAAUGUAUGCCGCUUUAAGUGGGGGUGCCUUUCAUUCUAAAUGGCAACUUUUUGAAAGUUUAAGUAUUUAAUUUCUCGGUUAUCUACGCUGUUGUUUUUGUUUUUAUCUUUUUACUGUUCGAUGACAAACCCUGAACUGAACGACUUGCUUUUGAAAAUAUUGAAAAUGGUCACUAUACAAGCCUAGGUUCUAAACCAGAGUACUCUGGUUGUCUGCAGAAUGUCCCACAUUUGUAUUUUUCUACGGCAAAUGUUUUAGUGCUGGAAUAUCAUCACUUUCGUCGUUACCUUAGUGAUCGAUGACAAGUCUGAAUGAACAACACAGAUUUGUAGCUUUUGCUGCACAGAAAUUGGAUUGUGUUGGAAAAAUAAAUAAAUAAAUGUGUUUUCCUGGCAGGAAAA